AUGCGACUUUCAGUGUCCUGCGAUGGCUGCCGUCAAGCAAAGGUCAAAUGCAUUCAUGAUGGCCAACCACCCUGUCGUCGCUGUCAACGGGCGAAACUGACCGACUGUCAGUUGACGGACACAUAUUCGUCCCCGUCGAGAAGAUCAAGACGAACCGCAUUGAAAUCACGGAGACAGCGAACGGUGAUCUCUGAACCGACAACCGCUCUCAAUAGUCCACCAUUACCUCCGGAGCCCCAAACCGACCAUCCAUCGCCAUGGUGCGCUGAGAAUCCCGUUGAGGCCUUGCCCUCAUCCACCGUUAUUGCUGCAUGCGAGACCUACCGCAAGAAGUUUCCCGUCGCCAAUUUCCUCCACUAUCCGUCUCUAAUCGCAGAAUUAUCGUCAAAUCCUGCCUCGGUUGAUCCAGUUUUUGUUGCAGCUCUGCUGUCAUUAUGUGUGAGAUUCAUGCCCGAUCACCCUCUGGAAGCAGCCGAAACAUAUGCCGAAUAUGCUCGCAAACAGCUCGCGCAUCGUGCGUUCGAGGCCCCGUCGCUCUAUCUUGCGCAAUCUCUGGUGAUGAUAACCUUCUACGAAUGGGGUUCUGGUCGCCCCUACAAGGCCUGGAUGUACAGUGGAAUGGCAACGUACAUGAUCCAAUCGCUCCUCAAGACGGCCGACGACAGCAUGGAGCAUAAUCCGCAGGACUUCCAGGCUAGCCAAACUCAGUACGAGCAGCUGGUUCGCACGUACUGGUGCUGUUUCGCGCAAGACUGCGAGCUGAGUUCCGGAGCGCGCCAGCAUUUCGCCCUUUCCUUUCGACAGAUCUCAGUUCCGUUGCCGACCAGUGACCAGGACUUCAACUUUGGUCGGCUUUCAUCGCAUCGCUUGAUGCCGUCCGAUAUGAGCAAGCACUCCCCGUUGUCGAGGAAUCUAACCAUCGACUAUGGACUGACGAUCGUCACCCGGGGGUUCGAUAUUUUCGUGCGGAUCCUGCGGUUCGCGAACGAGAGUCGGCGCGGUCGGACAUUGACAUUUCCUCAGGAUCCUUCAUCGCCGCGAGUGGUCUGGCAGCGCUUGAAGGAGGAGCUCGACGAGUGGAGGUUUCUACAAGAUGUGACGGUGCGAUACCCAGCCACCAGUGCACAGGCACAUGUUGCCUUGGGGUACGGUGAGCUGUUCGCAUACAUCAAUCUGGUCUAUUUCAUGAGUAUCCUCUUUCUGUUCCGAGACCAGUUCCUGUCCAGUCUCAAGCCUCACGCCGACUUGCUGCAUGACCUGCAAGGCUUGAGUAAUGUAGAUGAGUCUCAGGCUAUCCGGGAACUCUUCGAAGCAGCGCAAAAUAUCGGCGGCAUCCUUUCUGCCCUCGAAGUCUCCGGAGCACCGGUGAUCACACCAUACUCUGGCUUCAGUAUUUUUGUUGCGGCCCAUAUCAACAUGUACGGGACUGUGUGCCCGCAGCGAUAUCCCGGGGGAAUCGAGCGAGCGGAGGAGGAGAAAAAGGCCAACCUGUCAUAUCUCGAGCGACUGAGCAAAUACUGGCCAGUUGGACAAAAUUGGUGGCGAACCGUGCAGGAAGCCAACAGAUUCUACGAGAUAGCCAGAAAUAAUCAGAUGCACGUUCGGGACGGGGCGGGCCAUCUCACAAUUGCGGGGACUUUGGACGAAUAUGGUGAUAUUCGAAGUGUACGACCACGCCAGGAAGAGUCCAAACAUAUUUUGGAGCGGGAGAAUAUGCCAACAGCGACUAGAAAUCGGAACAAUCAUCAAACGUUAGGGAGUGAUAGUCGUCAUCCUGGGGCAGGUGGAAUGGAUGCAGUGCCCUUGAGUGAAUCUCAUGAGCUAGAGGUGGAAAUGCUCCAGUGGCCAUUCAUCGAUGAAUCAUGGUCCUUGGGCUUCGAUACCGGGUUUGACACUGCGUGGCCAUCUUUGGGGGUUGGUUCAUAG